ACCCAGAAAAACCCAAGAAAGCUCUCUCUCUAAGUGAAAGAUAUUUGCAAAAUCCAUCGUGAAUGGCUAAGCGCCGGCGUACAGAAAUUGCCAAGAUCGCCGAUCCGGCCGCGCGGCUUGUGACGUACUCGAAGAGGCGUAAGGGCCUCUUCAAGAAGGCCUCCGAGCUCUGCCACCUCUGCGGCGCUCGUGCCGCCGUCAUUGUCUUCUCCCCGGCCGGCAAGCCCUGUUCUUUCGGCGACCCCUCCGCCGAAGAGGUGAUCUCGGAGUACAUUCGCGGCGGCCAUGACGACGUGGUGCCGCUGAUGGGUCUGACCGAAUUGGAGGACUGGAUUGAGAAGGAAUGGAAUUCUUGUGCCGCGAAGGAGGAGGACCUGGAGUCCCUGAUCGGGAAGUAUGAGCGCGUUCGAGAACUUUUACUCAAAAGUUUGGAAGAUCGGGAGAAGAAUUCAUCUGCCCCGGCCAAUACCGGUGGCGAUUCCGCAGCUGGCCUUGGUAGCAAUUCGGAAAAUUUGAGCCAUCAAGAGAUAGAUCCCGACACCUCUCUUCGUCUGGGCAUCGGUGACGGUGCCCACGGCGGUUUCUCGACUUUGCCGGAGAGCUCGGCCAUCGGCGGGGGAAGUGCCAGAGUGGACUCCAACCCCACGUGCUCCCAUCUCCGGGGGUGCAAUUCUGAUCCCGACACCUGUCUUCGUCUGUCCAGGGACUGGCCAUGAAAGCUUCUCGACCUCGCCGGAUAACUCGGGCCAACGGUGGUGGAAGCUCUGCGGU